GCGAGAGCGAUGUUUUUAUGAAUAAAUACUCAUUUUUUUCUGAUAUAAAAUCUGAUAAAAUUAUUGAAUCCAAAAUUUUAUUUUCAUAAACUGUGUACGUAAUGGCUGGCACGUGACACAGGCUGAACUGUGUUGUGGUGUACCUCAAGCAAGUCCUAGAAUUUAGAAAUCGUAGUUUAAUUAUUCUGCUGGGUAAACUCUUUCCCAUAUUAAAUAACUGUUCGCCAGAGUGUUUAGUUGUGCUUCCGUAGAAGUUAUUUUUAUUUGGUGAACACAUUGCCAAAAUGGUUUAUGAGUCUCUUCCUAGGACAGUGCGAAUUUUGUUACUUGGUGACCCAGGCGUCGGUAAAACUUCUUUGAUACUUUCACUGGUAACAGAAGAAUUCACAGAGCAUGUGCCGUCGAAAGCAGAAGAAAUUACUAUUCCUGCGGAUGUAACUCCUGAACAAGUACCAACUAACAUAGUUGAUAUAUGUGUUGCUGAACAAUCCUUAGAGCAAGUGGCAGAAGAAAUAGAAAAGGCACAUGUUAUCUGUAUAGUAUUUUCUGUAGACAAACAAGAGACAUUAAGUAAAAUCGCUUCUUAUUGGCUGCCCUUUGUGAGAGACAAUUGCCCAGAUGACUUGAGAAAACCAGUUAUUCUAGUUGGAAACAAAAUAGAUUUAAUUGAUUAUUCUGUAAUUGAUAACAUUUGGGAUAUCGCAGAGGAGUAUCCAGAAGUGGAUAGAUGCAUAGAAUGCUCAGCAAAGACUCUCACAAAUGUGUCAGAAAUGUUUUACAAUGCACAAAAAGCAGUUUUACAUCCUAUAAAUCCAAUAUAUUCUAUUGAUGAGCAAGAGUUGACAGAAAAAUGCAAAAAAGCUCUUUCACGGAUAUUUAAGAUAUGUGAUUUGAAUGGUGAUGGAGUUCUUGAUGACUAUGAAGUAACAAUUUUUCAAAGAAAGUGUUUUGAUACACCGUUGCAACUACAGGUUUUAGAUGAAGUAAAAUCAGUAAUUGCUCAAAACAUCGCGGGCGGUAUUGAAAAUGAGUGUAUAACACUUAAAGGCUUUAUUUUUCUUCAUUGUUUAUUUAUCCAAAGGGGAAGAAAUGAGACCACAUGGACAGUGCUCCGAAAAUUCGGAUAUGAUGAGAGUUUAGAAUUGACACAUGAGUAUUUAUAUAUUAACCUUAAAGUUCCCAUAGGUUGUACGUCUGAGUUAUCAUAUAAAGGUCAGCAAUUUCUAACACAGAUAUUUGAAAAAUAUGACCGCGAUAAAGAUGGCAUGUUAAAUCCUACAGAAUUGAAAAAUGUAUUCUCUUGUUGUCCAAGGAUACCAUGGCACAAUUUACGUUACACUGUUCCAACCAAUGAUAAGGGCUAUCUAACGUUACAGGGAUGGAUGUGUAGAUGGACUUUAAUGACACUGUUAGAUUUACAAAACACAAGUGCAUAUUUAGCUUAUUUAGGCUUUAAUUUUCUUGAAAAUGAGUCACAAAAAUCUGCUAUACAUACAACUCGUGAAAAAAAGGUUGAUAUUGCCAAAAAACAGUCCAGCCGUAAUGUUUAUCAGUGUCACGUUAUAGGUCCAAGGUCAUGUGGCAAAACAUCAAUUUGUAGGAGUUUUCUAGGUAUAGCUCAUAAGAAAAUAAAGCCGCACGCACAUGAGCGCGGCGACAGUAACAGUUCAGAGAAUUGUUGCAUUAAUACAGUGCUCGUGUACGGACAAGAGAAGAGUCUGGUGCUACGCGAGAUCCCUAUAACGCGAGUUUCUGAUCCGCUGCAGCCGCACGAGGUCAACUGUGACGUCGCCUGCCUCGUAUACGAUGUGGCCGCGAGUCGAUCUUUCGAGUACAUCGCCAGGAUAUAUAUAAAAUAUUUCGCGGAGAGUCAUAUUCCGGUACUGAUAGUGGGUACCCGGGGUGAAGCGUUGCCAGCGCGGCAGGAAUAUAUUCUGCAGCCGGACGUUUUCUGCACCAAGUACCAGUUGUUGCCGCCGCAGACGUUCAACGUGCGCGAAAAUAAACACGACAUAUUCGUGAAAAUCGCCACCAUGGCUGCUUUCCCACACUUGAAGCAUUUUGCAAGUCUGACCGGAGAUAAUUCUUCGUGGUGGAAGGCCGGUAUCGGCGUCGCCGCUGCGACUGUAAUGGGCUUCGUUAUCAUUAAGAUCUUCAGCUUCCAAAGACGAUAAACUCUUUAUUGCUUGUUGUCCACGUUGUAUAUAAAAGUUGUAUUAGACUAAUUUUUGUUUCAAUCGCAAUAAAUUAUUUAUUUAUGUACCAAAGAGAAGAAAAUAGAAUGUGUUACGAAUUAGAAUGAUUUGUUUUAAAAUAAAAUGUCAAUAAAACGUCUUAAUUA